AUGGAUUUGCAGCAGAACGAGUUCGAUCGGCUCGUCUUCUUCGAGGCCGCCCGCAAGACCUCGGAGGCGAACUACGCCAAGAAUCCCCUCGACGCUGAUGUGAGCUCCUUUCCCUGCCUUGGUUUUCCUUCUCGUCUCUUGCCGUCUUGAUCUCCGAUCUCGUAUAAACUCACCUGUGGCAUUGGUUGAUUAUCCAUACGUAUCUAUGAGCAAGAGAGUUACUGUCUCGCUUCAUUGCGGCGGCAUUUUUACUGUUUUCUUCUUCUUCUUCUUCUUCUUCUUCUUCUUCUUCUUGCUCCUCAGAAUCUUACGAGGUGGGGAGGCGCUCUUCUCGAGUUGUCGCAGUUUCAGAAUGGCCCCGAGUGCCUGAAGAUGGUCAAAGGUUUCUUCCUCUCCUUCGUCGUCGACAGAGCUCCUCUGUCUUGAUUUCAGUAGUAAGGAAUCUAGGAAAUUUCCAUUGCUCAUCCUCUGUAGUGUCGAUCUUAUGAGGAAGAAAUCUAGGAAAUCUCUGUUGCGCGCAUUUUUUAUCCCAACUAUACUUGAACAUUUUUUAACACAGCAUGUUCUUUUCAAAAAAACUCGGUUCAUCGCAUCCGUUAUUUUUCUUCAAACCCUACAUAGAGGCCGUCUCAAGGCUGGAGCAAGCCCUAGAAGUCAAUCCGAAGAAACACGACACGCUGUGGUGCCUGGGGAACGCGCACACUCAGCACGCUUUCCUCGCCACAGACCAGGACAUGGCAAAAGCUUACUUUACCAAGGCAACAACAUGUUUCCGGCAGGCAGUGGAGGAGGUAAUUUCUUGAGUGGCUGGCCUAUCUUGAUCAAUUGGAUAUCUUCGAGUGAAUUCACAGAUGGUGAGGGUUUCGCUUGUAGGAUCCGGGGAAUGAGCUCUACCUCAAGUCCUUGGAGGUGACAGUGAAGGUACGCUUUAAUCCUCUUUUCUAGGGUUCUUACCAUUUGCAGCAAUCUGAUCGUGAGAAGUGAAGAUCUGUGGCUCGUUACCAGAUGAAUGUAUCUUUCUGCUGGUUCCGUUCAUGCUGCUCUUCAAGUUCACUCGCUAAUUAGCUGUUUUGGAGGAUCAGUUUUCUCAGGCGCCCGACCUCCACUUGGAGAUCCAACGGCAGGCCGCCAGUCAGCAGGCUGCAGCAUCACCACCAUCCUCUGCUUCAAAUGCAAAGGUGAAGCAUCCACAGCAUGAAAUGAUUGGUUGCUUGAUUGGUAGUUAUAAUGGGUCCUAAUUUCUUCCCAUCCUUAGCUGUGUUCAUACCAUGAACAAUGAUCAAAAACCCUAAUGCGAGUGACUCCUAUUUGUCAUCUGAAGAACCCUAAUGCCUAGAAUAGAAUCACUGUUCGUCUCCGGAUUAGGGUUCUUGGCUAAAUGGAGACAAACAAAGAGGCAUUAACACAAACUGACACGAAAAUGGCAAUCAUAGAUUUUUCAUGAAUUUCCGGGUGGUGGUGGAGGGGGGGGGUCCUCUUUCACUUGAUCUAAGACGAAUGAAUACCAUGAGAUCCUGUUUUCACAAGAAGAAAUCAUACUAAUAUCAUCGGAUGAAUAAUAUUUGUAAAAAAUACUGUAUGAUGAUUCAUCUGUGUCCUUUUCUUCUCCCUACACAUGGAUCGGCUGAUCUCAUCAAAAUCCCGGUCAGACUGGUUAUAACCGAUCUGUUUCUGAUCGUGCAGUUGGGGCAACCAUUUUUUUUUCUUCUUUCAUUUGAUAAUAAUUCCUUCAUGAUCAUAAAACAUGUUCUUCAUCUUCAUCUUCAACCUUCCAGAACAUGUUCCACGGGAUAUUUUCUUCUGUUUUUUUUUCCCAAAAUUCCUAUAUGAUGAUAAUAUUUGCCUUGUAAUCUUCAUCUUCAAGCUCUCCAAACAUGUUCCACAGGAUCUUUUUUUCUUCCUGUUUUUGGCAUUUAAUUCAAGUUCGUCGGUAAGAAGACUGAGAAUCUCUGGAAACUGUGUCAGGUAUCCAAGAAGAAGAAGAGUAAUGACCUCACGUAUGACAUAUGCGGGUGGAUCAUUCUGGCCGUCGGCAUUAUCACUUGGGUGGGGAUGGCAAAAUCCCACCUCCCUCCACCGCCGCCACCGCCGCCGAUAUAA